AUGCAAGGGCAUGGGACGGUGUCGGGGCAUGGGCUGGGGCAUGGGACGGUGUCGGGGCAUGGGCUGGGGCUGGGGCUGGGGCUGGGGCUGGGGCUGGGGCCUGGCCAUCGGCGGUGCGUGAUCUGCGGCAUGGAGCCGCACGGCGAGCUGGACGCGAAGGGCAACGAGAGGUACACGUACCCGCAGUCGGCGCAGGAGGCGCGCAUCUGGCAGCAGAGCAUGGGGGCCAAGGACGUGUGCGUGGAGAGCAUCCAGCAGAGCUGCUGCGUCUGCGUCGAGCACAUACCGGAGUUCGUGCGGCGCUCGAAGCGGCUGGCCAAGAAGCAGCGGACGCACGAGCGGCACGAGGAGCUGCGGCGCCGCAAGAUCGGGGAGGCGGGCAUCGACGGCUGCGAGUGCCCCGAUCUGGAGCCGCCGCGGUGCUCGGUCAACGUGCUGCUGAUCAACGGGGCCUCGCUGCCCUCGUACUGCGGCCGGGGCCAGUCCUGCGUCGAGAUCCAGGCGGAGGGGCGAGGAGGCGAGGAGCUGGACGGCGGGGCCCCGGGCACGCCCAAGCGGCUGUCGGCGACGAAGCGCUUCAAUCCCGACGACUCGGACACGGAGAUCUUUGUGCAGGAGUCCGAGUUCCAGGACAUCGGCGCCACCUUCCCGGACAUCGACGAGACGGAGGUCACCGUCCUGCGCACGCCCGUCCAGGAGGACGAGCAGAUCGAGCAGAUGAAGAAGCCCUGCCCGACGGGCGGCGAGGGCCAGGAGGACGGGGAGGACGACCGGACCGACCGGACGCCCGUCUGCAUGCCCGGCUGCACGGACGUGCUGGUCCUGGGCCGCGGCGUCCACCCCACGGACGUGUGUCCGUGCAACUGCGAGCAGUGCACCAAGCAGCCGACGGCGGGCCUCCGGGAGGAGGACGCCUGCUGCCGGCCCCCCUGCUGCCCCGACACCCAGGAGCACUUCGAUCAGCCGCCCUGCGGCUGCGAGUGCGAGGAGCAGGUGCGCCGGGUCAUGGGCCAGGUCAUCAAGACCCAGAAGCAGCGCAUCAACGAGCUGGAGUCGAUGCUCUGCAAGCAGAACAACCUCCACUCGGCCCUCCAGCGGAAGGUGGACGAGCUCUACUGCGAGUUCGGGCGCCUCGACGACGACGACCAGGUGCGCCUGGCCUGCUGCUCGAGCGGCCGUGGCCCCCCCGACUGUGGCGAGCUGCGGGACCAGGCCACGAGCACCGCGCGCUCCCACCACCACCACCAGCACCAGCAUCCGCAUCGUCCCCAGCAGCAGCCGGACAAGCGUCGCCGGCCGGAGCGCCUCAACACUAAGGACACGCUGCCCGAGGAGCUGCCCCCCGUGGAGGAGGUGCGUUACUCGGACGACGGUUCGUCCGGAUCGCCGGAUUCACGCGUGCAUCACUACAGCGAGAAGAAUCCGCGAAGGUCGAACCAAAGGAAGACCCGCAAGCCGGGCUGGCUUUGCUUUGGCAAGUCCUCGGAGACGGACAAGGCCAAUCAGAAGGAAUAGGAUGGUCUCUCCCCCCCCCCACACUGCUCGGGGCCCUGUGCAAUCAUGCAAAUAAAAUAUAUAUAC